UCAACAACUGCAGCGAAGACUGCGAGAAGAAACUCUCAGAAAUAUUGGUGGACAAUAUCAACCAACUUGUUACUGGAAAUGGGACGGCAAACGAUGAUCUGAAGAACGAGCUUGUUAAGCUAAUAGAAAGAUGUAAAAACCAGAUAUAAUCUGCCGUCUUUAUCGAUUUCAACACAGAAGGAAGGUGUAUACAUAAACGAAAACACAAAAGAAAGCUUAGAAGGUCAAUUAAAAGAGUCAAAAACGGGAGAAAAUUCAUUUAUGUCAUACACGACACAUUCUGACAGAACAGGACAAGACUUUAUGCGUACAAAAAUCGCCUUGAUCAUGUCUUAUCAAACAUCAGCACAAGAAGACAUAUCGUAUUCGAAGUCGUGUCCAGCCGAUUUUUACGUGCCCCUUGAUCUCGAGUUGAAUGAUAUGAACAAUGCUGAACAACUGUAUCUGGGACAUGGAAGAACAAUUGCUGAAGGACAGCCUAGUAGAAAAUUGUUCCACUAUCUGGAAAUGUUUGAAAAUAUAGACAGUCAGUCUCGAAACAUUUUGAUUGUAGGACAAGCUGGGAUGGGUAAAACGACUCUAUGUCAGAAAAUUGUUUCAGACUGGUCUGCGGUCCAUAUCAAUCUGUUAACAGAAAAUGAUAGCGCAAACGACUGCAAAAAUGGUAAUUCGUCAAUUUUGAGAAAAUUUGAUUUCUUAUUCAAAAUUUCUCAUGUGGAUAUGAAUGAGACUAUAGAAAAUACUAUAGUUAACUUACUUGGCAUUCCCGAAAGCACUGUAGUGGAGUAUUUACAAAAGUACAAUUGUUUGAUUGUCCUUGAUGGUAUCGAUAACUUGUCUAUACCAGGAAAGGAAACUAGCCGCCAUGAACUCCCGAAGAUAACAUCCACGCACAAAUACACACUUGUAAUAACCUCCAGGCCAUGUGAAUCAUGGAAACCUCCAGAAGGGGAAACUAUUCGUACAAUAACAAUUCAAGGAGUUUCUGCUGCAAACAGAAAUUUGAUGAUAAAAUCCGCGCUUUCACACCUGUUGAAGGCUCAAGAUAUAUAUUCCAUCAAAUUACAUGAGGAAAUUUCAUCGACAUUUAUUAAUGAAGUUCAAGAAAACAUAUAUAGUGGCCUUUUGAGAAGUCCUCUGAUGUUGAAAGGGUUAAUCUAUUUUUGGUUCGAGGACGGAAUACAUCUAUCACGCUCUAACAAAGUUGUCAAAAUGAUAGAUUGCGUGCAUUAUCAUGCAAUAAAACACUCGGGAAAUACUUUUGAUUUUAGAAAUGAUUCCGCAUGCACGUCUGGGAUUACAUGGCUGACGGAACCAGAUUGGUUCAGUUAUGUUGUAGGGAAACAGUAUCUGUCGUCAUAAUCGAAACUGGCAUUUCACAUGUUUUUUUCAGGAGAAUUUAUAAAAAAUGACGUUUGUGUAUUUGAAAACACAUUGAGGCUUGAGAAGCUCGCACAUUGCAUGAAUAUCGGACUUCUCCCUGUCGGAUCAUCAAGUCCUUUUAAAUCUUCCAUUUACUUCCAAGAAAAAACACUUCAGGACUUUUUUGGUGCUCAGUUGUUUUGCACAAACGACGUAGACUACGUAGACCAUUUAAGAACCUUACAAAGAAGAACCAAUAGCAUUGAACGCGUCCUGGAAUUGCGAGAAUUUAUUCUGUUUCUCGGCGGUAUGAAUCCGAAGGCUAUGAAAAAUGUGAGUUGGCACGUAAGUGGCCUUGUAGAUGCAGAUGAAAGGUUUAGAAUAGUAAGAUUCAAAGGAGACCACACACAAUCUGAGAGAAACCAGCAUAGAAUCUUAGUUAAAAGUCUAAGUGAUAUGUUCACGGACUGCAUUGCCGAAAGUUUACAUAGUAGCUUUACUGUAUAUGAUAUAAUACUAAGAGACCUGUACAUCGACAAUGACUCUGUACAGAGAGUGUUGAAAUGUUUUCCUUACAUAAGGACUUCAUAUCUGAAAAGCUUACACAUUGACUGUGAUUGCAGCUUAACAUCCACAAUGAUAGGAAUUCAACCAAUCGUUGAACAAACAAAAGAUAUUGUCGAAAUGAUACGCAUAUCACACCUGGAUUUGUUUGAAAAUGUGUUUCUUCAUAUUAAACAUAUGCGUUUAUUGAAAAGUCUUGAAUUGUGCAAUCUCGAUCUGACUCCAACUCAGAUAGAACAAUUACUCGGAUCUGCACCAAAUCCUGUACGAGUAUUUCUUUACAAUUUCGAAACAAAAAGCGAAAUUUAUGCACUUUUGCCGUGUGAGUAUUCAUCCAAUUGCGCAAGAAAGAACAGUUGUGAAAGAUGUCUUCAUCAUUCCGUGACAGAAAAGUAUCCUGAAUUAAAGGAAAUAACACUAGAACUUUUACAUAAUGACUUCAUUAGAAUGAAGGAAAUUCUGUCGUCAUGGAAAUGCAGUUGCACGGAUGUAAAGCACUGCAUGUGGCAUACACUACACUGACAAUACUAUAUACUAUGGUAUGUUAGACGUUCAUGCAAAGUCAUACUAUCAAUAAUAUCAUGUACAUUUAUGUGAAGAUAUGGUUAAUAAGUGCUUAGUUAUAUGAUCAUGUUAUAAAUUAUUAUAAUAAAUAGUUUAUUAUAUUGAUCUACUCGAUGAUACAAAGCAAGAGUGUUAUUAAAACAUCGCACUACAUUGUACCAGUCAUGCUAAUUUCCAUGGAAAAGUGGAAAAUGUAUAAGAAAAAAAGUAAAAUAUUUUAAGUGACACAUUACAAAGGCGCUAUAAAAUUAUAGCCACUUAAAAUUACCAAAUGAAUGACCAAGUAUGGGAAAAAAACCUUACUACGUUAGUCACGCAGUGUGAAUAUGGUGAUAGAUACUGCAAAAUCAAUCAUACAU